CCCAUCCCAUUUUCUACUUCCGCUUCCGGCGCUGAGGCUGUCCGGGUCGAAAAUGGCGGCGGCGGUGGCAUCUCUGUCCCGGCUGUCUGGGCUGCUAGGUCGGCCCGGGGCACAGCUGGGGCGGUCCAUGUCUAGUGGCGCCCACGGCGAGGAGGGCUCAGCUCGCAUGUGGAAGGCUCUCACCUACUUCGUAGCGCUCCCCGGCGUAGGUGUGAGCAUGCUGAAUGUCUUUCUGAAGUCGCAUCACGGAGAGCACGAGAGACCCGAGUUCGUCGCCUACCCCCAUCUCCGCAUCAGGUCCAAGCCCUUUCCCUGGGGAGAUGGUAAUCAUACUCUAUUCCAUAACUCUCACGUGAAUCCACUUCCAACCGGCUAUGAAGAUGAAUAAAGAGAACCUGGACCACCACCCAGUGGGGACCACAGCACUGGUUUGGACCAUGACUCUGCACAAGGACCAGAAAAGUAUAUGGGACCUUAAGCUCACCUUCCUUACUUGUAUCAAAUGAUGACCAGUAUACUAAUCUUCCAUCCCUUUGCUUAUGGCAGGAGAUGGCUUAAAUAAAUAACUUAGAUUGGUCCAUGA